GUCGCUCACUCAGCGCUCAAAAGCGCGCACCAGUCCCGACCUACAUUGCCAGUCCCGAAACGAAUGUCGUUCUGAAUAAGUUGAUAAUGAUACUACUCGCGGUUGUACUUACGGUAUCUGCCAUUACUUGGCCCAGGACAGAAGCAAUUCAGGUUAACCAAACGUGCUGGACCGAUAGCCGCCAUUGCAGAUCCCGAUUCGGCGGCUAUAGAUUCGUGAACAAUGAUCUGACUGACAUCACGACGCAGCUGGUGGAUCAGUCGUUCGAUUUCCUGUUCCUAUCGGCUGCGUUCAAGCAGUACGACCGGAACCGGCCAGGUUUCGAAAAGUUGUACCGCAAAAUCGCCGACCGAGCCUGGUCCGAUGCGAUUGCCGUAAUGCAGUACCAGGGAAAGCGUGGAUAUCUGAGCUCUUUUAAUCCAAACUAUCAAGGCUCGAACAGUAACCUGCGUGCGCUAAGUGACCCAGAGAGUGCCAGUGAACACAGUUCGCUCCAGCUGGCGAUGGAAUACGAGAAACAGGUGGCGAAUAUGGCACACGCCAUCCACAAGAAGGCUUCCGUUGCCCAUCAGCGCCCAGCGCAGUACGAUCCGGAUGUGGCGCACUUCCUGGACCGGCAGUUGGUCAGUCAAAGGAGUGAUACGGUCCGGAAACUGACCGGAUACAUUCACAUGCUGGAUGGAAUUCUGAACGCGGAUCAUGAUGUCGAUACCGCCGAUCUCGGUUUGAGGAUGUUCGAUGAUUACCUUGAAUCGAAUGAGUAGCUGGGUAUCGUGGAAGAUUUCCUUAGAAAAAAAUAUAUUUUUUGUAGAAACCAACAUAAACCUCAGAAUCGAGUGUAAAGUGAAAUGUAUGCUAUAAACAAAAAUAUACUAAGACCGGAAGUGUUCAAUUUCAUCAA